AUGGGAAUGCUCACACACACACCCACCCAUUCACAUACUGGACCAUCAUUUGAUCUGCAAUGGGACUCCAGGGAUCAGCACCGCGUGGCUACAGCUGUUUCACGGCAGGUCAGGUUACCCUGCUACCACCAUCCCCAAGGCCUUCACCAAGGGAACGACCCCACGUCAAACCAACACUCACACAGACACACUGUCCUCCAACGGCUCCUCGCCCACCUACAGCUAUUCAACCUCACAGUUAAAGAUGUCCUGGACAUAUGCGACCCUCCUGGCUCUCCUCACUGUGCUACUUGCACUUUCCUUGUCCCAAGAGGCCGACUCUGCAGCUGUGCCCAGCAGCACAGGCAGUGCUAAAGAUCCACAAGGUCCUCUGAAGAGGAUCUUCAUGAAAGAGGAAGAUGCUUCAAACUUCUUCAGAAAACGCAGCAGACGGGGGGCAAAGUCUCAGGAUGAGAUCAACGCUGAGCAGAGGCAGGUUUUGGCCGCAGAUGAACGAAAGAGAGAGUUCCACGAGGAGAAGAGAAACGAGUUUGAGAGCUACGCUGAAGAGGAGAAUGACGAGCAAAGCGAGAGGACCAGAGAGAGCACCGAGCAGUGGAGGGAGUUCCACUACGACGGGAUGCAUCCUCCCCACGAGUACAACCGUCACUCCAUCUGAGGCUCUGGGGCAUCAAGAGGAGAGACGUGAUGCUGACAGCUGCCGAGUCUUUAAGAGACAAACAUCCUUAACUACAAAGUGAUGCUUUUCACAAGAACAUGACUGCUGACACAGUAAAGACAUCAGCUACAGAGUGUUUGUAAUCCUGGUUCUGUUGACACAGGCUUUACUUCCUCAGUGUUUGGGAUCCCACAGACCCCACUGCUGUUUGUAAAGGCAAUAACUAUAUAUAACUGCAAAAUGUUUUCUUUUUUUUUAAUCAGUUUUGCAUCUUUUCUUGUGAACUUCUUAAAACACAGCAUGUUGGAAAGUAUUGAAAUAGUAACCCUUCCAUUUACCACAAAGUGGACGACUUAAUUUGAACAUUUAUUCAUUCCUUUGUGCAUGUUUGCCUGUAACAAACAAUUAUCUUCAGCUUAACCUUUUGGUCUAUAAAAUGCUAUUGUUGGUCAGUUUACUAUAAAAGUGGACAAAGAAAAACA